GAGGAAAUGUGUGGGUGGGGAGGGGUAAUGGGUGAGGGGCCCAGGUUCCUGACAGUCUACACCCAGGGAACGAAGAGCAAGCGCCAUGUUGAAGCCACCAUUGCCACUCAGAUCCCUCUUAUUCCUGCAGCUGCCUCUGCUGGGGGUGGGGCUGAACUUGACGGGCCCCAUGCCCAAUGGGAAUGAAGACAUCACAGCUGAUUUCUUCCUGACCGCUACACCCCCUGGGACCCUCAGCGUUUCCACCCUGCCCCUCCCAGAGGUCCAGUGUUUUGUGUUCAAUGUUGAGUACAUGAAUUGCACUUGGAACAGCAGCUCUGAGCCCCAGCCCACCAACCUGACUCUGCACUACUGGUACAAGAAGUCCAGUGAUGAUAAAGUCCAGGAGUGUGGCCACUAUCUGUUCUCCGGAGAGACCACUGCGGGCUGUUGGCUGCAAAAGGAGGAGAUCCAUCUCUACGAAACAUUUGUUGUCCAGCUCCAGGACCCACGGGAGCCCAGGAGGCAGUCCAUACAGACGCUAAAACUGCAGAAUCUGGUGAUCCCCUGGGCUCCGGAGAACCUGACCCUUCGCAACCUGAGCGAAUCGCAGCUAGAACUGAGCUGGAGCAACAGACACUUGGACCACUGUUUGGAGCACCUUGUGCAGUACCGGAGUGACUGGGACCGCAGCUGGACUGAACAAUCAGUGGACCACCGAAAUAGCUUCUCUCUGCCUAGCGUGGAUGGGCAGAAAGUCUACACAUUCCGUGUCCGGAGCCGCUAUAACCCACUCUGUGGAAGCGCUCAGCGCUGGAGUGAAUGGAGCCGCCCUAUCCACUGGGGCAGCAAUACUUCCAAGGAGAAUUCUGUGUUUGCUUUGCAAGCUGUGUUUAUCCCCCUUGUCUCCAUGGGAUUGAUUAUUGCCCUUAUCUUUGUGUACUGCUACCUGGAACGGAUAUUGCCCCGCAUUCCUACCCUCAAGAACCUCGAGGAUCUGGUCACCGAAUACCACGGGAACUUUUCGGCCUGGAGCGGAGUGUCCAAGGGCCUGGCGGAGAGUUUGCAGCCAGACUACAGUGAAUGGCUCUGCUACGUCAGUGAGAUUCCCCCCAAAGGAGGGGCUCCAGGGGAGGGGCCUGGGGGCUCCCCCUGCAGCCAGCAUAGCCCCUACUGGGCUCCCCCAUGCUACACCCUGAAACCUGAAACUGGAGCCCUGAUACCCUGAUAGAACCCCAGAGCCCUGUAGUCCUAAAUUGUACUAACUUCCCCUCUAACCAGCCUGGGUCCCAUGCUCACCUCGCCCCCCUGUGGCUGAUUCUGAAUUUUAUGCCCCCUAUAACUUCCCUCCCCCUCCACGCCCCCCCCCAUUCAAUAUCUCCUAUCGUCCAAUUGCCCCUUUGCCCUGAGCACGCGGCUCAUCUUCCCAGAUCCAGCCCCUCCUCCUCCUCGCAGGAUUAUUUCUCCCGCAGUCCCUCCGUCCUUCCCUCCCUCCUUCCAUCUACCCUUCAAUUAUGCUCCAAGCAAUGAGAAAUAAAGCUUCUGUUGAUGAUCGU